AUGGACAACCUUCCUGUGGAGGCACCGCCACGCACACCGUUGGAGCAAUUCGAGGAUGCCAUCGCGGCGGCCGAGCGGGCAUGGACAAUCAAGCUGGACGAGUACGCGCGACGCGUCACCGCGCUGCGUGCCAGCACCGCGUCGAUCAAGCAGGCACAUCAGGCGUCUACGAGUGCCCUCCAGAAGCAGCUGCACGAGGCGCAGCUCAAGCACAAGUCGCUCUUCACCAAGUGGACCAAAGAAAAGGAAGCGCGGGCGGCCGAGAAAGAGUGGAUUGCGGAUGCAUGGCCGUCCGAAGUGGCCCUGCCGCCCACUGUGCUGCGUCCGUUCAUGAAGGAUCUGCCACCGACGCCGGCCGAAGUGAACGCGCGGGCCGCGACCGCACACAUGCAGCUCGCGCUCCUGACAGAGGCCAACGAGAUUGUCUCGCGCAUGGCCCAGGCCAAGCAGUGGUCGCUUGUCGAUGGCAGCUACUUUUACAACGCCAUCACGGGCGAAAGUGCCUGGGAAAAGCCAGCCAUCAUGGCGUACGAGCCGCCGCUGGGCUGGGACAAGAAGAAGAUGGCGUGGCGGGAGGGUGUCGUGCUCACGCUCCUGACCGACGUCACGCCGAGACACACGACGCAACUUGUUGAUCCAGUGACAAAUCUCGACGACGCCGCAGAGGACAGCAAGGACGCGACGAACGGAGCGCCGGUCGCCGUCGACGACGACGACUACGACAGCGACGCCGAAGCCGAGGCGCUAAAUCCACUCGAUGUUCGGCGCCAGUUUGAAGACAAGCGAGACGAGAUAGAGCGCCGGGAGGCGCUUCUCCGCGGCGACCAGCUCGCCCUCGAAACACUGAGUCAGCAGCUACAGAAGGUGGUUGGUCACCGCCUUCGCGCCGAGGCAAAAACCAUAGACGACGAGGCCCAAGCGUACAUUGCCGCGGAGCGCAAGAAGAUUGCAAAGCAACAGCGUGAGCUCGCGGCCGCCAAGGCCGAGGCCGACGCCAAGCUCGCGAAAGAAAAGGAGCUCAAGACCGGGCGCAAAUCGCCGGCGAAAUCUCCGGUGGGAAAGGCCGUCGAGUUUGAAGCACCGCCCGAGCCCGAGGUUAUCGCGCCCGUCGACCCGGACCGACCGCGGCUCUGUGCGCCGCAGAGUGUUGUGCCGGCCGUCACCUUUCACAAGGUCGCGGACGCAGCCUACCAGCACAUGCUGACGCUCCAGUCCGACAUCAAGGCGUUUGUCUUGCGCGAAGACGCCUUAUGGGAGAAGCACGACGCGUUCCGCGGGCGGCUUGAAGCACUGGUAGUCGAUACGACGGAGCGCAUUGAAGUGCUUGAGGCGCGAAAGGCAGAGCUGGAAGAAAGCCUCGAAGGCGGGGCCGACGAGCUCGCCGAGUUACAACGACCGCUACCGCAGCCAUCGCUCGCACCCGAGGACGAGGACGGUCGGUCGCGCUUCGAUGUGUACGACCAAGCCAUGGCAAAGUGGGAUGCCACGGCCGCUAGUCGUGCGCAGGAGGCGCAGGAGCUCGAGCACAAGCUGCGCGAGUGGGCGCACGAGCUCAAGCACCAGCCGACGCCAUCCAUUCGGGACAGCCUCGCGUUCUACGAAGCGGUCGUCGCGGCUGAAGUCGAGCGCGGUGCGAGUCUGUGGGCCAAGAAGACCGAGUACCUUGUGUGGCGCACCAAGUCGCUUGUAGACCGCACGGCGCGGGAAGAGCGGUUGCACGUGCUGCAAAACAACUUGGUCGAUCUGGAGAUGCGCCUCGAGGCGGCGAAGCGCGUGCCAUUGCAAGCCAUGAAUCUGCUCGAAAAAGCCAAGCUAGAGGCACUCUCCGAUGCCCAGUGCAGCUACUAUUGCGUCAAGAUCCAAGCUGCGAUCGACGAAAUCGACCGCGAGGAGAAAGGCCUUGUCGACCUGAUGGCGUACGAGAUGCAUGCGCUACGCUUUCAUAACGCCCGCCUUGACGAGGAAGCGCUGCUGCAGAGCGAUGCGGAAAGGCUCUGGAACGACGCGCAGGCCGAGCGAACCUUGCUGGAUGCGAUCGACGUCGAACAAGCCGUCCUUGCCAAAGCGGGAUUGCCGCUCGCGCCCGCCACGUCACCGGCGCGCCUGGUUCUGCUUCGUCAAAUGAUUGCACUCAACUACGAGCGGGAGGCGCGCUGGCGCGCCCUCGCACGACUCGAGCGAACCGACGAAACCAUCUGGCUCCAAGCCGACGAGUGGCUGCUCACGCAGCAAUCGCAGCGCUACGAAGCGCGCCUCCGCGACCUCGAGAGCGCCCAUGCGGUGACCAUCUUUGGUCUGGAAGAGACCAUCGAGAAGCUGCAGGCGGAGCGCGCGAUGGCAAUUCUGCACCAACGCCAAGUCGAGCACGAGAAGGCCACACUCAUCGCCAUGCUGCAGGAUGUCGACCGCGUUGUCGACAAGACAACGGUCGAGACGCUGCGGCUCUUGAAGCUCGAGAUCCAGCGCCUCGAAGCCGAAAUUGUCGCGAUCAAAGCCGCCUACGACGUGCAGAUCGAAGACCUUGUCGCAGAACACACUGCCGCCCGGCAGGCACUGGAAACCAAGCUGGAAGUGACGCUUGCCGACGCAACGCUUCGCAUGCAGUGGCUCAAGGCCGUUAAGUGCGAGCUCUCCGACCACAAGGUGCUCAACGAACACCUUUUGGUCGGCAUCGCCGCGCUCGAGAAGCGCCGCGCCGCCGAGAUCAACGACAUGCAAGCGCGCAUCGUCAACCAACUGAGCAAGAUCCACCGACUAGAAAUGUGGAACAUGUCACUCAAGCAGUGCAUCGAAGCCAGCAACGAUGUCAUGCUCAAGUACCAGCGAGACCUCGAGGCCAAAGUCCAAGAGCACCGAAAGGACCAGCGACAUCUGCGGCGCGAGAUCUGGCACCAGCGCGUGAGCGUGCAGCUGCUGCUGGCAAACGCGCACCACCUCGUGCGUUUUUUCCUCCAAGGCAUUGCGCACCUCUGCGGUCACGCCAACGACGCACUGCGGGACGCGUCUGUCAUUCCCAUUCUUGUCGCGCUGUGCAAGGCACCAGGUGUCGCGGCCGAUUUGCGCACGCUCGCGACCGCGUCGCUUGGUAAAAUCGCGUGGAACCAGCCCCAGUCCCAGCGCUACGUGGGGUGGCAAGCCAAGACGAUGUGGCACAACUGGGUCCAACUGCUCACGAAAGAAGCGUACGCUGUCCUGGAGGAGACCAAAUGCGACGACUUUGAUGCGUCCAUGGACAUGGCGUCCGAGGCCAUGAACGUGAGCGCCGACCCCCGCGAGCACGAGAAGUACCAGUCGCACCUCGAACGGCUGCACGUGCUGCGCGAAACGAAGCGGUGGCCUCACCACCCGACGCCGCCCGACUGCUGCGUGAACGAGACCAACCUCCUUGCGGUCGGCGAUUCGGACGGGGCGCUCCCGAUCUUGCUCGGUCUCUGUGGCCCGGGGCACCCGCAACCGGUCCGUGAGAGCGCGCUCGCCUCGAUUGCGAUUUUAGCACUCCACGCGCGCAAUACCCACCUCAUGGGCCGUACCCCGGGGUUUCUCCAAACACUCGUGGACUUGGGCAAAAAUGCAUCGUCGUCGCCCAUCCUGCAAAUGCAUGCACUGCACUCGCUCGGCAAUGUCGCGUUCAACAACCCGACCAACCAGUCGGUUCUGUUGCGGCUCGACGCGCUUCCGUUGCUACUGCACUGCUGCAAGACGCAGCGCGACGUCGAUGUGCUGGAUGUGGCCACGGCGGCGCUUGCAAGCUUAAGCCAGCGCCACGAAGGCGUCGGGUUGGCCUUGCUCCACAGCGACGGUAUCCUUCAGCUCCUCGAGCUCGCCCAAGCGCCCUACUUGAGCGACGCGGUCGAAGACAACAAGCUGGAUUGCAUCCAAGGCAACAUCGCCACCGUGCUCGUCCACGUCAUGGAGAGCUGCGCCAACGGGUUCCGGGCGCUCUGUGCCAAGGCGCCGGAGACAUACGUCACGCUGUGCCUCCAGCUCUGCGGAUCGCCCUUCACCACGGUGCAGCUCGCGGCCGUCAUGGUGCUCGGGCACUUGGCCAUGGACGACAGCCUCCGCGAGUGGCUUGGUGACCACGACGCCAUCGAGCUUCUCUUAGCCUUCUUACCGGACGAGGGGCCACCGCCUACGACCCCGGCGAACGAGCGCCACGACGAGUCGAGCGUUGGCCUCGACGACGACGACCUUCCGCUGCAAGUGACGUGGGCUCUCAUCCAACUGAGCUGGCACCGCGACAACCAAACGCGGCUCGCGCUGCAUUUGCCCAAGCUGUAUACCUACGCCACCCACGCGCUCGGCCGCGUCCGCGUCCACGUCUUGACGAUUGUCGCCAACGUACUGUUUUACCACCCCGAGAAUCGAACCGCGGUCCUCGCCGACCCACACCAGAGAUGGAUUGGCCUCUGUCUGCACCUCUGCGAGGCCUUUGCCACUACGCCGCAGCUCGAGGCGAAUGCAGAGGUCGUCGAACACGCGGUGCGCGCGCUCACGGGCUUGAGCUACGACGCGCCAUUUGCAAGCGGCUGCGACCACCUCCGCACGUGCAUAGCCGUGCUCGCAGCCAGCGAUAUUGACGCACCGCUCGUCGCACUCGCGCUGCAGUGGCUCACCAAUCUCUGCGUGCUGGAUACGCAAAAGAGCGUCUUUGCCCACUGCGACGGCGCGACCGAGACGGUCGUGCGGCUCUGUGGCGCCAACGAUCGGCAUGUGCGCGACAAGGCACAGACGGUGCUGGACCUCGUGGGCGACGCCCGGCCGCGCUGGCGGCAGUAACGACGAAACAAUGUGUCAGUGACGAGUGUCUCGUGGCCUUGUAGCCACGGUGCGUCCAUUCUAUCUAUCCAACGACCGUAACUAUCUAUC